ACUGUAGUUCAAGAUGGUGGAUUACCAUGGAGCAUUGACCACAGUUUAUGUGUGUAAAAACAUUACAUUUCAAGCUGAAAGGAACAUGAUGUUGGAGAGAAAUACGAAUGAAAAAUGACAAGUUUGUGAACUGGAAACAGAAUUUGGUAGUAAACAGGUAAAAAUGUUACACACUGGGGCUUUAAAAGCAGCUGAUUCUGCAGCAGAGAUGAGGAAACUCACUCUGACUCCCUGUGGUUGAGGAGGUGUUAAAAUACAACAGCUGAAUGUCCUCUGAAGGUGUUAAAAACAAGUUUGUGUUUGUGGUACUUUUGUGUUUUUAUCUAUUUAUGUUUUUCUAUGAAGACUUUAUGCUCUGAAUGAAUACGCAACUACUUAAUGGAUGAUCAGAAAAUAAUGUUUAAUUUUUUUCAGAAAAACUUGACUAAAUUUUCUUUUUCAUCAGUGUUAGUGAAUUGUUUUUCUGAGAAUAACUGUUCCCAACAGGAUAAAUUAACAAAUUAAAGGAUUUAUUGGUGUGUUUGAGUCUGAUUCUGAGUCAGAUUUGAUGAUUUAAUGCAGGAAAAUGCAGGUAGCAGUGGUCAGGUUGGGACUGAGCCUCAAGAGAGUUAACGUCCAUGUUUACGUCCCUCUCAGAGACAAAAACAAGUGUUUAUGGGAGGGUGCUGAGAGGAGAUAAACUCAGGUGGUGGAGAUGAUUUCCUCCAUCAGAAUCUACCAGCAUGGUUUUGUCUCAGCCGGGUUACAGCUUCCUCUCUGGGUUCCUUCUCACUGCGUGUUUGUGUCACAGUAAACUGGUUUGUGAAGAAGGCAGUGGUCCGACCCAUGAGUCGCUGCAGGCUGUGUUCGACCUCCAGCCCUUCAGACCGGUGGUAAACCUCAGCAGCCCCACUAUCGCCAACCUCUCCUUCACCCUGUACGCCGUCCUCGGGGUGAAUGAAAAGGCUCAGUUACUCACUACUUUCUUGUGGCUGAGACUGUUCUGGCGCAAUGAGUUCUUGGUUUGGGACCCUGAUGAGUGCGACGGUGUCUCCCGGAUUUCUCUGCCGGUGAAGGAGCUGUGGUCUCCAGACAUCAUCGUGUAUGAGUUCGUGGACGACGAUGUUUCCCAGGCAUGUCCAUACGUCUACGUCAACCACACGGGUCGCAUUCGCUGGGACAGGAUGCUGCGGCUCGUUUCAGCCUGCAACCUGGAGAUCUUCAGCUUUCCUUUUGAUGUGCAGAAUUGCACAUUUACCUUUGGUUCUUAUAUGCACACCAUUCGGGAUGUGAGGCUCAGCCCUGCUCUGACCUUUAAUGAGAUGUCAAUAAACUCAAAGCAGUACCUGGAAGCUAGUGGAGAAUGGGAGCUGGUGGACCUACUGGGAGAGACCUCCAUCCUGAAGUUUGGCAUCGAUGAGUGGGACAUCAUCACCUUCUGGGUGGUCAUAAAGCGACGCCCAGUGCUCUACGUGGUCAACCUACUGAUCCCGAGCUCCUUCCUCAUGCUCAUCGACAUCCUGUCCUUCUACCUGCCCCCCCACAGCGUUGACCGCGCCUCCUUCAAGAUGACCCUCAUCCUAGGCUACACUGUCUUCCUGCUCAUCAUGAACGACCUGCUGCCCAGCACAGCCAACGGCACGCCCAUCAUAGGGAUCUAUUUCUCUGUGUGUCUGGCUCUGAUGGUCAUCAGUCUUCUGGAGACAGUCAUCAUCACAAAUGUCCUUCAUCACAGCUCCAUGAAGUACCAGGAGAUUCCGAACUGGGUCAGAGUCAUCGUGCUCAAACAUAUAGCCAAUCUGAUCUGCUACAGAUGGCCUGAAGAUGUGCGACCACCUGAAAAACCUCAGGAAGACAAACCUGAGAGCUUGAACAACAGCACAGGCCCGUGGGUGGUCCAACAUGUCAGCCAAACACCUGAAAGGCACCCAAACACCAACGGAGGUACGAUUUCUCUGCCUGAGCUGCAGCUGAUCUGUCAGUACCUGAGGGACCUCCGCGCUCACCUCAACUCCAUGCAGAAGGAGAGUGAGCUGCAGGGCCAGUGGUGUCACGUGGGGUACAUCCUCGACUACCUGCUCUUCCGUAUCUACCUGUUGCUGAUCACCUGCUACGCCAUGGUCAUCAUCACCAUGUGGUGUAUCUGGAUCAGCCAGUGAGCUGGCCCGAGAUCCUGUACCUGAAUCAGCACCGGUCCCAUUAUACACAAAUAUAUGGCACAUUUAAAAAAUACGACUUAAAAAAUUGUUGUUUAUGCAGAUUUCCAGCUACAUAGUGAGCCUAAAGUCACGUCCAUCUGCUUACGGAUCACGGGUCCCCGGAAGUAAGAAUACAAGUCAAUGAGGCAAUAAAAGCUAUUUUCUAUUCCCGUUUAUGUGUCAUGGAUUUCACAUAGGAUGUCCAAUAAUUUUAAAGAAACAUUUUGAUGCCAAGAAAAUGCUUAUUUUCGAACAGGGGCAAAAGUUAUUUUAGACUUCGUGUGAAAAUACGUCCAGGACUACAAAUGCUCAUCACCAAAGUGACGUCAUCAAACCAGACACAAAGAAAAUCAGAGAGAAAAUGGCUGCAAGUUCAGCGAACAUAAAUUCUUUCUUUAGGAGGAGAGAACCACCAUAAAUCUAGCUAUGAGGUAAGUAGCAGCUACGCUAGGGGAGAGGCGAUUCUGUGGUCAUGUGAGGUACCGAUGUCUGAUGGGUAGUCAUGCUAAUUACGAACUUUUACAAGCUGAUAAAUCUCAAAGUACGUGACUGGUGUGGUCGAAACUCUCAUCAUUACUUUUCAUUUACAUUGAAGUACAACAUAUGUAAGAUCCAGGGCGUAAGGCAAAGUGGAUUAGAAAACAACUCUUUUAGCACAUUGACUUGCAUUCAAUUUAUCGUUCUUCCGGUCACCCAUGAGCCGACCAGAAAGGGAGGAGACUUAGGCUUUCUAUUAGAAAAAAAUUAUUUAUUUAUUUAUUUAUUUAUUUAUUGGUUUGUUUAGAGGGAAAUUGACCAAUUAUUAGAUUAAAGAAUAAAAAUAAUUUGGAGAUUUUAGGUUCUGAAGAAUUAACAAAAAGCAGAAGUUAUUAGAAAUUAACAGAUUCAUGUAGUUAUUUUAAAGCUUCUUCAUCAACAUUGAUGAAAAAUGGAAUUAAAAAUUUUAGAGUUGUUUAUCUGAAUAAAUACUCCCACAAACAGAAUUAUGUAACUGGAUUAGGGUCCGUGUUAGCUUACUUUUCUAGGAACAUGAAUGAAAAAUGUGUUUAGAACCAUUUUUAUUGUUAUCUUAGAUGUUUUAUGUCUGUGUAAACAGAUAUGUAACAGAUAUUUUACAUUUGUGUAAAAAGAGGGUGAGAAGCAAUUUGAUAAUCCUGCUUUGAGAAUUUAGAAACUGGUUGCAAAACCAGAAACUCAUUAUGCAAAUAAACGUAACAGACACAAGGAUGUCUGGAUGCCGGAAAAAGCCCCAGUUUGUAAAGUCAAUAUUAGCAAUCUGAAGGAGGGGAGACUUAGCAAUGAAACCAUGUAACCACAGCAGAGCAUCUUCAUUCUGUGAGCCAGCGAUCUUCAAAAUAAUCAAAGGUUUCACUGAGAAGAUGAAGCCUUUGGAGCUCAUCUGUUUCACUCUGUUUCAUGGUAAGAAGAAACUAUUUCACUGUCUUCUUUUUAUUCUAGUUUUCUUUUAUGCUCGUAUGUGUAAGCAUGUUUUUUACAUGUUCUAUUAGUAAUAAAAACAAAUUGAUGUUUU